AAGGAAAAAGGAGAAAGCAGCAGAACAUUUCAAAAAGAAGAGGGCGGCCUUAAAACUUUUAUAAGUGGGCUCUUUGUAAUUUAACUUGCUAUUGGAGUAGUUAAAAUAUAUGGUAUUUCGAUUUUUAUGUUCAUUUUAAAUUCAAUGAUUCGUGCCAUAAAGUACAAGUAAUGUGAAAAAUAAUAUUAUCUAUCUGUUUUAACUAACGGCUCCUCCAUCAGGUUUUAUCCUUCCUCGGGGUGUGGUUGUGGGUGUGUGUGUUUGUUUUUCUUUUUUCGCGUUGGGUGGGUUGAUCUGCUAAGGAUGCCAGUGUCAUUUCGGUAAAACGCAUAUGAUAAAAAGCCUCCCACCGUAGCUGGUUGUUGGUUGAAUCGUUGUCUCCUCGCUCUCCACAUACGCCAAUUCAGUGGAUAAACCAAGCAUUGCCACUUGGCCUCGGGGAAAGCCAGCCAGCCCUUCUGAAUACCAACUCACCCGUCAUCUUCAUCGUCAUCGUCGUCAUCAUCAUCAUCUUCUUGAUGAGUGUUCAUGGCUUCUCUUCUAUCCUCCUCCCCAACUGCACCCACCUGCUUCUCUCCUGCAAGAUUUACAUCCCAGUACCAGAGCUGCUACUUCACCACCAACCGUUUUAAGAGAAGCCCAGUAAGGUGCAAUGCCUUUCCCGAUAGCAUAUCCGAGAAUUUGUUCAGCAAAUCUGUUCGUCUAGACCAAUCAUUGUCUUUAUUCCCGAUUUUGCGAUCUGGGUAUGCGCAAUUUCAGAGCGUUGCUGCAGAAUUACCGGAAAUGGAGAAGUGGGGGAUUUUGGUUUUUGCUGGGUUUACUUGGAUUUACUUAACUGCUCGCCCAGGUGUUCUAAUUGGUGCAAUUGAUACCUAUGUCCUCGCUCCUCUGCAAAUAGGAUUGGACUAUUUGACAGGGAAGAGACGGCUAAAGAGUAGCGAUUUUCUGGUCGUGGAUAAAUUGGGAGAAGGAUCAUUUGGGGUUGUUUAUUCAGGCGUAGUCGUGCCGAAGAAUAUGAAUGUGGAACAGGAAGUGAAGAAGGGGGGUCGAAGGAAAGCCAGACUGCUGGACGACGGGCAGUUCAAGCAGAAGGUUAUUCUCAAAAUGGUGAAGCUCGGAGUUCAAGGUGCUGAAGAAUGUGGUGAGUUUGAGGAAUGGUUCAAUUAUAGGCUAUCAAGGGCAGCGCCUGAAACUUGCGCCGAGUUCCUUGGGAGUUUUAUUGCCGACAAAACAAAUUCACAAUACACAAAGGGUGGAAAGUGUCUUGUUUGGAAAUUUGAGGGAGAUCGAGACCUUGCUGAUUAUAUGAAAGAUCGCAACUUCCCUUUGAACUUAGAGUCAGUCAUGUUUGGCCGUGUCUUGCAAGGCCUGGACUCUGUUGGACGAAAUGCGCUGAUCAUCAAGCAAAUAAUGCGCCAGAUCAUUACUUCCCUCAGGAAAAUCCAUGACACAGGGAUCGUUCACCGUGACAUAAAGCCAUCCAACUUGGUGGUCACAAAGAAGGGGCAGAUUAAGCUCAUAGAUUUUGGAGCAGCCACAGAUCUCCGGAUUGGCAAGAACUUUGUACCCAAUCGUGGCCUACUCGACCCUGAUUAUUGUCCCCCUGAACUAUAUGUACUCCCAGAGGAAACGCCUAAGCCACCUCCUGAGCCGAUUGCCGCCCUUCUUUCUCCAAUUUUGUGGCAGCUGAACAGCCCUGAUCUAUUUGAUAUGUAUUCGGCUGGGAUUGUACUCAUGCAAAUGGCAAUUCCUACAUUGAGGUCUACGGCAGGGUUAAAGAACUUCAAUUUAGAACUGAAGACAGUCGGGUAUGACUUGAACAAGUGGAGGGAGAAAACUCGAACAAGGCCUGACUUGCGUAUCCUGGAUCUGGACUCGGGUAGAGGGUGGGAUCUGGCCACGAAGCUUAUUUCAGAGAGAGGUUACCUUGGAAGGGGGCGCUUAUCGGCUGCUUCUGCUUUGAGACAUCCAUAUUUCUUGUUGGGUGGUGACCAAGCUGCCACGGUUCUGUCAAAGCUGAGCUUCUCCAAGUAAAAACUAUAAGAGUUGCCUGAUAAUAAUGCCCAUCCUAAUUCUUUGAUAUUUUUGUUUCCAAAGAAAUAUAUUCACUCAGAUAGUUAUGAUUGUUACUGGAGAACUAUUCAAGAUCCGGAUUCAUCCUAGUGGAUCCAUAUCCAAUCUUUGCUUGCAGAAGGGCCACAAUGUAUUUUGAACUGUCAAAAGCAAUGACAUAGCACCGCCAACUUCUUAUUUCUC